AUGACAUCUGUUGAGCACGUUUCAUCCUCAUCAACCGAUUCCUUAACGCCACCACCAAUGUUUCCGGCUCGUGCACGUCGUCUAUCAUCAAUAAAAUCCGACUUGAUAAAAUUUGAAGUCGAAUGCCUCAAAUUUAUACUCAAAGAGACUGUUGAUAAAUUAAUUAUCGCAAAUGGAGGCGAGAAAGCGACUCUCAUUCAUCCAUCGGAUACAAAAUUACCGAUGAAAAUUCGCUAUCGUGAAUCUCGAGAAAAAAUGUUCCACGAAGAGACUUUGGAGCCAAUAAAUGAAGCUAUGGAAAGAAUGGUCUUUGUUAAGCUUGGCAACGAUGUGAGUCGAUUGAGAAAAAUUUUAUCUGACACAAUUGACGACUUGGUCAAUACGAAUGACUUCAAGGGACUGAAAAUUUUAAUCGACACUGAAAUCCGAUUAGAGGCUGAGGAGAAGAACUUGAUUGAACAGAAUGCAAAGUGUGAAAGACUUUAUCGAUUUUUGGAGAAGAAGUUUGAUGAAGAUACGAAAAUGUAUAAAAGCAAAGUCAAGGAAAUUGAUGACAGAAUUGCAGAAGUCGAAGCGGAGCUGAAUGAUCUGAAAGUCGAAAACAAAAUUAAGAUGAAGUUACUGAGCGAUUGGGAAAAGACACGUCAUGGACAAAUUAAAUUUAUCACGGAAAAUAAAGAGAAGCAGCUUUUGGUUACAGCUGAGAAUUUCAAGAAAGACGCUUAUCGCGAAAUACGUCUUAAGCAUGAAAUUGAGUCAUACCUUGAGAAUCAGACGACAUACUAUGAAGACCUCACACGUCAGUGGAUCGAGAAAUAUGAGAAGGAAGUGAAGCAAUUGGAUGAGCAAAUAAAUGAGACGAAAGACUUGAUGAUCUCAUUAAGAAUAAAGUAUGAUGAUAUGGUGGAGCAGUUCAACAUGCGUGAAGAAGAAAUUCAAGAUUAUUUGGAAGAAAAGAAGAUGAAACAGGAUGCUGCGGAAAAGGCUGAAAGAGAAUAUCAAGCGAUUGUCAAGAUUCAAUCGUGGUGGAAGGGAAUAAUGGUCAGACGAGGAUUAGGACCUUACAGACGUAAGAAGGUAAAGGGCGCAAAAAAAUCCAAAAAGGCACCAAAGAAGAAGUAA